AUGGCGCCCGAAGCCCUGCUCUCGCAUCUCCACCGCGCAGACGGCUCCGCAACAUACACGCACAACGGAUACUGCAUCAUCGGCGCGGUCAAUGGGCCGAUCGAAGUGCAGCGAAGGGACGAGCUGCCGGAGGAAGCGACGGUGGAGGUCAAUGUGCGGCCUGCAGCCGGCGUUGGAAGUCCGAAAGAAAGGCAUCUAGAGACGCUGCUGCACAACACGCUGCGGAGCAUCAUCUUGACGAGGGUCAUACCGCGGACGCUGGUGCAGAUCACGCUGCAGGUUAGGAGCUUGCCGGAUGAGGAAGGCGCGGCUGGCGUGCAUCCUAGUCUACUCCUCCUCCCGCACCUCCUCCACACAUCCCUCCUCGCACUCCUUAGCGCCUCAAUCCCCCUCUCUACAACCUUAACCUCCGUCCUGAUCGCUAUUCCCUCCUCGCCCACGUCCAAGUCCGGCGCCCCUCUCGUCUCGCCCACCGCAACGGAUCUGCUUCGCGCGAAACCCAUACGCUCAGUGCACGUUUUCGCAUUCUCGGGCGACAAUAGGUUGUUGUUGAAUGAGAGCGACGGCGUAUUCAGCUUCGACGUAUGGGACGAGGCAUGUGAGACGGCGGAGGAAGCGUGCUGUAGAGAAGAGGGCGGAGUGGGGUUGGUAGGCGAGGGGAUGGAGGUUGAUGGGAAGGAGAGCGCGAAUCUGGAAGAGUGGCUGAGAGUGGUUGUGAGGAGGAAGGUGGAACAUGAGCAGAGGUGGAAGGUUGCUACUUGA